AACCCCCAGAGUCGGACACGGCUAGACUUAAAGUCAGGGGAAAACCUUACCUUUUACUAAGCCUUCCUGAACUUAAUUGCUCUUUAUUACUAAUUCCUGAGCACAAACAGAAGCAUUGUGAGCCUUUUCUUAUAUUCCCUACUUGCCUGCUUCUGACUGGCAGCAUUACAAAGAGUUAAUGAGGUGUAAGCGUUUGUUCGGAUGACGCUGGCGUUUAUUGUCAAGGUAGUGAAACUGGAAAGGUGAGGCAGGAUUCGGGCAGGGGAACGCCUUAGCCUAGUCACCAGAAAGCCAGGCACCACAGGAAGAAACUGAAGCUGAAAGAGGUACCCAGACUGAGAGAUACUCGGGCAGCUAGACGGCACAGGAGAGACAUAUUUUUGGCUCCAGUGUCACUUUAAUCAGUUCUGAAAGUGCUUGACGUUUUACAAGACAAAGAAGUUGCGGAGGAAGAGGUGAUGCCAUGGCAGCUGUUCCAACACCACCACCACCACCCAUAGAAAUGUCGACCAGCCCCUUUAUGAAGAAAAUGAAUGUGCCGACUUCACAAGAGGACGUCAACGUAACUGUCAUAGGAGCUGUCAUUGCUGUGGUUUUCAUCACUCUCUGUUCGGUUGUUGUGCUAAUCGUCAUCUACCUGUACAAGAACAAAGGCAGUUACCACACCUAUGAGCGCCCUGAAGCAGAUCCAGAGGGCUCUGUCCAAAUGGAAGACCUGUCUUGUAAAGGCGAAAAGGAAGAAUAUUUUAUAUAAAAGGAUGCCAGGCUGCCAGCACAUUUUGGACACUAGGAUCUUAAGUAAAGAGCUUAUUUAUUUCAUGUUGUUUUAUAUCACAUCUUAACCUGAGUUAGGAGUUCAAACUUAACCAGGCAGUGAAAUGGGAGUUAUAGAUUAUGAUGUACCCUGAAAUGUGCAAAGGUUAGAUUACUAUGUAAAUAUCAUAGAUGAUAGAGAUGGGAAAGAUGUGGCUUUCCAGUAUGGUUGGAUUACAGUUCCCUUCAUCCAUCACCAUUGGCCUAUGCUGACUAGAGUUGUUGUGAGACACAGCCCAACAUGUAUGGAAGGCCACAUGCCCCCCAUGCUUGAUUUAGCCUUAACCACCCACCAGUUUGUUUAUUUGGGGUUAGACAUAUUAAUCAGAAUAAUGAUACUUCUUGCAGUAGAACUGUCAUAUGGGUAUGAGAAUAUAAGAGGGAAGGUCAGGCUGAAUGACAAGCUAUUUCCAGCACCUGUAACAAAAAUGUAGUUUGUCUUUUCCCAGAAUUCAUGGCCUAUGAACAGUAGGCUUCUCUGAAGUUUUACAUCCAGCAGUAUUAAAUACUCACGCAUGAAACUGAAAUACACAUUUAGUGUCAUUUGAAACUGUCCUCUUGGUCAAUCUGUUCCAUGUGUUGAAUUCUAUAGUCAUCCCAGGACUGGAAUAAACAGGUUUCUUGUUUUA